AUGCGUUGCGAACACGGUACCAAAACAUUCAAAAUCUGUCGUUGCUCUUGCAAAUGGCGAUGUAAAUGUUUGAUACCACGUAAAAAGAAAUCUCCCUUGCCGUUUAACAGGGCAACCAGCAGAGAUGUUAAAAUUGGUUUACAUCCAAAAUUGUAUACUCAUUAUUCUCAUGCACCGUCGGUUGGUCGUUACAAUGUUUUGCCAAUUAAAAGUAAAAGACAAGCGAUAAGUUGGAAGAGAGAAUUGGAAACGAAACAAUUUUCUGAAAGCUUAGGUGGUCGCUAUUUGGAAUCGCGCAUAAUUCAAAGAGAUUUGAUGAUCACAGGACGUGGCCCAGGAACUCACGAGAUAGAGCAAUGGCCGGAAAAUAUUUUCAAUAAAUCUUGCAAGAGCAUACGCGAAGACGUCAGUUUUGGCACUGUUCCACGUUUCAAAAGUGUUUACUCUAAGACACCUGGUCCAGGAUAUCUUAAAGUACAUAAUCCUUAUUAUUAUUUGGAGCUGAAUAGAUUGAAAGGUUUAUCUUCUUUACCAUCGUUCGAAUACGAUGGUCUUAUGCCAAGAUUUAAAGAUAUUCGAAGAGAUUACUCUUUGCCAUGUAACAUAUAUAAUGUAAAAGAUCCGAGAUCGAUCGAAGGUAUAUUAAAAAAAGUUACUGGAAAAAGAGGACCGUACGAUUUAUUUACAGGACCAAGGGAUGAUACUACCAUAAAGGGAUACAUGAGUCGGAAAAUAGAGGAUUAUCGAGGUUGGCCGAUAAGUUUACCCGGUGAAAUAGAAAAACUUUUAAAUAAAUCGAAUUAUUACAAGGGACGUAUCUCGACUUGUCCAAGAUUUCCAAAGAUCAGUGGAUUGAGAAUGGCAUUAAAGGAUAUAAACAUGUGUUAUAAGAAUCCAAAUGAUCCUGGACCUGGUCAUUAUAAUCCUACUACACCUCGAAAGCCUAAAAAUAGAAUGUCUUAUCCUUUUGACAGUAACGUUGAAAAUAUUCGACCGACACUUCAAAAUAUUGAAUAUCCUGGACCAGCAAGAUACAAAAUUAAAGAGAUUAAACGUAUCAAAGGGAAUGGAUGGACUUGGAUAUUUAAAAGCAAACAACUUAGAACUAUAGGUGCCAUCAUUCCUAAACCUUACAAUGAUUUUUGAUCGAUUCUUUUUUCUUUUGUUUUUUUUUUAUGUCUCAAAGGAAAAAAAAAACGAAGAAGAGGAAGAAGAAAAAGAAAAAAGAAAAAAAAGAAAAAGAAAAUUCUUACUCUUGGAGGAUCCUUCUCAGUUGGACGAAAAGUAAUCGGAAGUGUUAAAAUUGAUCCAAUCUCAAGAGUUUUCCCGGGUGGCAUAAAAAAUGGUCCCAAUGGAUUCAGCAAAGUCACUUGUACUUUUACCUCUCUGAAAAAGGAAAGGCAAGAGUUUGAUACGAAAACUUCCGAGAUUUCGACAUGCAAUUACAUCACGAGGGAGAUCACCGAGACGACACGGAGAAAGAAUAUCUAUUGCAAAUGGUGAAUAAAUCAGAUGAAGGGAUAUGCUCUCGCCAGGUAAGAUUUUACCGAAACCAUAAUUCGGCUGUAUCUCCAUAAAUGAUGGCAAAUUUAUGAAACCAUAUUCUUGAACCAGCAAGG